AUGAGUUCAAUAAUACAUGGUCGCCCAUCAGUACCUUCACCUACAAAUAAAAAAUCUCCUCCAACUGCUUCAAGUUCAACAUCAACAACAAAUAUGAAUACGAAACGAGCUACAUCAAGCGGAAAUAUUCCUAAUACAACUGUUUCAACACUAAAAAAAGAAUCAUCAAGUGGAUUUAAUUAUCAAAAUUUAACUGAAACAUCACCAAUAAAUGUACCAAAAACAAAAAUAAAACCUGUUCGUUCACAUAGUUCAACAAAUGCUGAACUUAGUUAUCAUUUACAACAAUUAAAAGGUUUAGGUAAAAUCAAAACAACAAUUGGUGGUGAUGAUCGAAAUAAUGAUGAAGAACGUAUACGUUUAACAUCAUCAAAUCUUAAAGUUGAAUGUGAUGAAAAUGGAACUGGAACAUCAAUACAUACAACAAUGGAAGCUACUAUUGAAUUACCUGUCUCAUGGAAACCAGCAGUACAACAAGUUACUAUACAACGAGAAUCAUGGGAUCAUAAAAUUGAAUUUCUUCUUGCUGUUAUUGGCUAUGCUGUUGAUUUGGGUAAUGUUUGGCGAUUUCCAACAGCCGUUUAUAUGAAUGGUGGUGGAGCAUUUUUCAUACCAUAUUUUAUUCUUUUAAUAUUUGGUGGAUUGCCAUUAUUCUAUAUGGAACUUGCUCUUGGUCAAUAUCAUCGAUCAGGUGUAUUUACUAUUUGUCCAUUAGUAAAAGGAGUUGGUUGGGCAACAGUAUUAAUUAAUUUUAUGAUGGCCAUGUUUUAUAAUACGAUAAUAUCAUGGGCUGUUUAUUAUCUAGUUAUGUCAUUUAAUGGUUUUCGAUCUGAAUUACCAUGGAAAGGUUGUCAUCAUGCAUGGAAUACAGAAUGUUGUGUUGCAGCUGAUGUAAAAGAAUAUCAAUAUACGAAACAAUUAGCUAAUUCAACAAAAAAAAUCUUAAAUGCAACUGCAACUCGUGCAACAUCAAUAUUUACAACAGCAACAACAACAGUAAAACCAAGAAAUUGUACACGAUUGGUUUAUUCAACUGAAGAAUAUUUUUAUCGACGUGUUCAAGAAGUAGAUAAAGCUGAUUCAUUUAAUAAUUUAGGAAAAAUAAAAUGGGAACUUGCUCUAUGUCUAUUUGUUGUCUUUAUUUUUGUGUAUUUUGCACUUUGGAAAGGAAUUAAAAGUUCUGGAAAAGCAGUAUGGAUUACUGCUAUUGCACCCUAUGUUAUUCUAUUGAUUUUAUUAUUCCGUGGUGUUACAUUAUCAGGUUCAUUAGUUGGAAUUCAAUAUUAUCUGCAACCUCGACUGGAAUUAUUAAAAAGUUUUUCAAUUUGGAAUGCAGCAGCUACUCAAAUAUUUUUCUCACUUGGACCAGGUUUUGGUGUUCUUUUAGCAUUGUCAUCAUACAAUAAAUUUCAUAAUAAUUGCUAUCGAGAUGCAUUAAUUACAAGUUCAAUUAAUUGUGCAACAUCAGUUCUAGCUGGACUUGUUGUUUUUUCAACACUUGGUCAUAUGGCUGAUGUAUCAAGAAAAACUAUUGAUCAAGUUAUUGAAGAAAAAGGUUCGGAACUUGUUUUUAUUGUAUAUCCACAUACAAUUGCAUUGAUGAAUUGGUCAACAUUAUGGGCUAUACUUUUCUUUUUCAUGCUAAUUACAUUAGGCAUUGAUAGUACAUUUGGUGGUCUUGAAUCAAUUAUUACUGGUUUAUGCGAUGAAUUUCCGAAUCUACUUGGACGUCAUCGAUCUGUAUUUGUCUUUUUUGUACUUGUCAUAUGUUACUUAGGCGCAUUACCAACAUGUACUUAUGGUGGCGAUUAUAUUGUCAAUUUAAUGAAUGAAAUAGCUGUUGCACCUGCACUUCUACUUGUCGUAUUCGUUGAAUGCAUUGCUGUAUCAUGGUUUUAUGGUAAUAUUUUUCGAACGGAAUAUAAAAAAUCUUUAUUAAAAAUUCCAUUAGGUGUCAAUCGAUUUUCCAAUGAUAUUAAAGCAAUGAUUGGUACACGACCAUCAUUAUUCUGGCGAGCAAUUUGGUAUGUUGUCAGUCCAAUAUUUCUACUCAUGAUAUUCUGUAUUUCAAUGAAUACUUUUCUUUCUGGUAAUAUUGAAAUCAAGAAAAUAAAUUUAAAUGAUUUACCAACUAAUGUUAAAAUAUGGUCGUAUCUUAUGGUAUUUGUUCCGAUGUUAUGUAUUCCAGGUUAUGCUAUUUAUAAACUUAUAAUUACGCCUGGAAAAGAUUUUGAUGAGCGUCUUCAACGAGCAUGUAAACCUGAAGAAACAAUAAUUGAACAAAUUACUUCUUCAUCUCCUACUGAACAACAACAACAACAAGAUAAAAUUGAAGAUCUCUAA